AUGUCUGGAUCAAUUGAAAAUGCUACAUUAUCACCAUUACUUGAUACAAUUGACAUUCUCAAUCAAACAAAUAGAACAAAUACAACACAAAAAGAGGUUUUUGUUGCAAGUAAUGAAGGAAUGCUUUUAUCAUAUUCAUUCCUUCUUAUUGCUGCACUUUUAUGUGUUUAUUUUGGUUCCUAUCGUUCAAUAACACGUAAAGAUAAGCAAAAAAAAUCUGGUGAAAAACCUGAUGUACUCACAGCAAAAGAUGCGGCUAUGUUCCCAUUUAUUGCUAGUGGCUUUUUAUUUGGUAUUUAUGUGGUUAUAUUACUUGUUUCAAAGGAAUAUAUAACAUUUGUUCUUAAUAUUUAUUUUUUUCUUAUUGGUAUAAUUGCACUUUUUCGAGCAAUACAUCCAAUUGUAAUGAAAAUUCGUUUACCAUUAUUGGAUAAAAUUCGUGAACGACAAUUUCAUAUAUGUUUAUCAGAAAAUAAACCAUCAGAUAAUACUACUACAACUAAAUCAACAAAAAAACCAGCAGAUUUAAUGCAUAUAGAUUUAAAAUUUGAUCUGAUUGAUGUUGGAGCUUUAUUUCUUUGUGUUCUGGUUGGUGUUUGGUAUUUACUUACACGACAUUGGAUUGCAAAUAAUAUAUUUGGUAUUGCUUUUUCAAUCAAUGCCAUUGAAAUUCUACAUUUUAAUAAAGUUUUAAAUGGAAUUGUUUUACUUAGCGGUCUUUUUGUCUAUGAUAUCUUUUGGGUAUUUGGAACAAAUGUAAUGAUUACGGUAGCAAAAUCAUUUGAUGCACCGAUUAAAUUACUUUUUCCACAAGAUUUAAUUGAAAAUGGAUUAUUAGCUGCAAAUAAAUUUGCCAUGCUUGGUCUCGGUGAUAUUGUUGUACCCGGUGCAUUUAUUGCAUUAUUAUUACGUUAUGAUAUGUCUCGUAAACGAUCUGGUAAAAAGAAGGCAUCAACACUUUAUUUUAAUGUUUCAUUUAUUGCUUAUAUAAUUGCAUUGGUUGUUACAAUUCUUAUACUUCAAAUAUUUAAACAUGCUCAACCAGCAUUACUUUAUAUCGUACCAUUAUGUUUAAUAUUUCCAUUAUUAACAGCAUUAGUUUGUAAAGAUUGGGGAACAAUGUUUGCUUAUGAAGAUCAUGCAACUGAAAAGAAAAAUGAAUGA